AUGGCCGACGCGGCGGCGCAAACCAUUGACGCAGUUCCCCAAGCCGGUCAGCAUAUAUCUCAUGAAGGAAAAGAGUACACCACCAUCAAGGAGGGCCUGGCGCAUAUUCUCGUCCCACAUGGCGUUCCGACCUCGACCGACCCUAAACUGUCCAAGGAAGAGACCCAGAAGCAGCAGGUCUUUUACAACCCUAUUCAGCAAUUCAAUCGCGAUCUGAGCGUUUUGGCCAUCAAGACAUUUGGCGAGGAUUCUAUACGGCGGAAAUUGAACAAGCAUGAGCAGUUCAGGAAGAAGAACGAGCGCAAGAGACAGCGCGCGCAAGCAAGUCGGGCACCAGGAGAUGUAGCGGAACCAAAUACUGCGGGUCCUUCAAAGAAGCAGAAAACCGCUCCAGACGGGAGCGAGGAAGAAGUGGAGAGCGGAGAAAAAACAUCCUGGAAACCACCCUUUAGUAUUCUCGACGCACUAUCUGCUACCGGUCUGCGUGCUCUCCGAUACGCUAAAGAGAUUCCCUUCGCAACCGCUGUCACUGCUAACGACAUGUCUCCCAAGGCGGUAGAAUCGAUCAAGCUCAACGUCAAGCAUAACAAGCUGGAGGACAUCGUUACGGCCAAUACAGGCAACGCUAUAGCCUACAUGUACAGCUUCUGCGACAAAAAGGGCUACGAUGUCAUCGACCUUGAUCCAUACGGCACUGCCGCUCCUUUUAUUGAUGCAGCUAUUCAAGCCGUCAAUGAUGACGGACUGCUAUGUGUCACCUGUACCGAUUCGGCCAUAUUUGCGUCGCAUGGAUACCUCGAGAAGACUUACUCGCAAUACGGUGGCCUACCCUUCAAGGGCGAGCCAUGUCACGAGGGCGGACUGCGCUUGAUCUUACAUGCCAUAGCAUCCUCGGCCGGUCGCUAUGGCAUGGCCAUUGAGCCUUUACUGUCCCUCUCCAUCGACUAUUACAUUCGAGUCUUUGUGCGAGUGCGAAAAGCGCCCAACGAUGUGAAGCUACUCGCUGGCAAGACAAUGCUCGUAUAUCACUGUGAAAGUGGCUGCGGCGCAUGGUCUACGCAGUUCCUUGCACGAAACAAGGUCACCAAGAACAAAAACGGCGACCCGAUGUAUAAACAUGGCUUUGCCCAGGGACCUUCCGCGGAUCAGCAUUGCGAGCAUUGCGGGCACAAGACCCACCUCUCGGGACCAAUGUAUGGUGGCCCGCUGCAUAACGUUGGUUUCAUCGAAAGAGUACUAGCGCAGCUCAAUGAGGCAGACCGACAGACGUACCCGACAAUGGAUCGCAUACAGGGCAUGCUGCACACCGCGUUGGAGGAAAUCACGUUUGGAGCAAAGCUAGAAAAGUCGAAUGGCGCACAAAAGACGGAGGUCCUGGAUCCCCUUAUUCCCAAGGCCGAUCCUGCAGAGAUAGAUCACCACCCCUUCUUCUUCAUACCCAGCGCAGUCGCCAAGGUAGUUCAUUGUUCCGCUCCGCCGUUGGCAGCACUACGGGGAGCACUACGACAUGCAGGGUUCAGGGUGACGAUGAGCCAUUGCAAGCCGGGAUCGAUCAAGACAGAUGCGUCGUGGAAAGACAUUUGGCACGUUAUGCUUGAAUGGGUGCGGCAACGAGCACCGCUCAAAAACCCAAUCAAGAAGGGAAGCCCGGGACAUGCCAUAAUGGAAAAGGCCAGUGGAACCGGCUAUACCAGAAGCACUGCUCAAGAGCCAGCGCCUGCUCAAGCGGUGUCUGCCGACCCAGCGCCAACAGCGCAAGAGGAUGCCGAAAUGGCCGAUGGUGGCUCAGAGACUAACGGGACGAAGCAGCUGCCAGCUUACCUCGAGACCAAGUUCGAGGUCAACUUUGACGAAAAGCUGGGCAGGGAUCAUGACCGGGGAAAGUACGUCCGCUACCAGCUUGCUCCACGCGAAAACUGGGGCCCAAUGGCACGCGCAAAAUGA